AUGAGACAUGCAUGGAUUGGACUUGUGUUUUUGCUGGCGGGGUUAAUCCUGCUGCACCUCUUCGUUGCACCUUAUACCAAGGUGGAGGAGUCGUUCCAUGUCCAAGCUACGCACGAUAUUCUCGCACACGGAUUUCCAUUCGGUGAAGAUAUCGAUCGUAGUAAUUAUGAUCAUUUCGAGUUUCCCGGCGCUGUCCCUAGGACUGCCGUUGGGGCGAGUAUUCUCGCUGGCUUGUCGCCGUCUGUAACCGCGACGUGGGCGGGAGUUAACCGGCAAAUUUUGGCUCGAGCUAUCCUGGGCUUGCACAAUGCUGCUGCAUUGGGAUUCUUCGCCUACGGGUUGCGGAAUAGCUUUGGCCAGACUGUAGCUGUGUGGUACCUGCUGUUCCAGAGCAGUCAAUUCCACCUCAUUUAUUACGCAUCACGGCCUCUAUCUAACAUGUUUGCCUUUGGGUUGACUACUACUGCGAUGAGGUAUCUUUUGCCCGACUCGACCUCCCCACGGGGAGUUCGUGUUGGUUUUCGAGGCGUGAGGUUACCCUUGAGCUUGCUCACGAUGGCAGGUGUCAUCUUCCGUGCAGAAUUGGCAAUUCUAGUCGCCUUCACUGCGGCAUACCUUCUCGUAACUCGGGGUAUGCGAGUCUUCCCUGAUAUUGUCAUGGCCGGCCUCGUGGGGCUUGCCAUUGGCCUAAUUACUACCGUCGGCAUUGACAGUAUGUUUUGGAAGGAGCUUGUUUGGCCGGAGUUGAACGCGUUUCUGUUCAACGUGAUUGAGGGACAAUCUUCAGCUUGGGGUACAGAACCAUUCACAUUCUACUUUGUGAAUGCUUUACCUAGGCUUCUGUUGAAUCCUCUACUCUACCUAAUCGCCAUCCCUGUGGCACUGCGCAAUUCCGCACUCUGGCGGCCGAUUCUCCCGCUACUUGCACCUUCGAUGUGUUUUGUGAUCUUGUACAGCGCCCAGCCUCAUAAAGAGUGGCGUUUCAUCAUCUACAUUGUCCCGGUUCUCACUGCCACGGCUGCCCUGGGGGCAGGAUAUCUGUGGAAUCGGCGAGAUCGAUCGGCCUUUGCCCGUAUUGCAUCUCACCUACUUAUCCUCUCCACUGCCGCCUCUUUCCUCUUGUCGAAUCUUGUGCUGUUGCCCGCAUCCGCGGCAAAUUACCCUGGGGCCCAAGCCUUGGAUGCACUUCACAAGUAUCAUGACCAGCAGUCCUUGUCCAGCAACGGGGCGUCCGUCUACCUUGGGAAUCUCGCCUGUCAAACGGGGAUUACACGGUUCCUACAGCGGCCGUUUGAACAAGGCUGGCACUAUGACAAGACUGAAGAUGAGGAUAUCAAGUCAACCGCAAACUUCUGGGAACGAUUCGACUACAUUGUCAUCGAGGCCUCUGCAGACCCUGAAGUCAAGGAUGCUGACGAGACCCAGUUGCUCCGCGCACUGCUUUCGUCACAUUGGGAGACGGCUGAAGUCAUUGAUGGCUUUUCCGGCAUUUCCGUUCUACGGCCGGGGUCCCCUGCAAUUGGUCUGGUAGAACGACGAAUUCUGUCAAAGGUGGCAGGCGAGCCUCUAUAUAAUCUAUACAUCAACGUUAGAGACUCCGUAAGGAAGUUUGUCUUGCGUGGAUGGUGGGUGGAGCUGAAGAUGACACCUAAGCUCAAGGUCCUCAAGCGCAGACAAGACGACUUGCUCGUAUCUCCGGCUUCUUUGCGUCUCUUUGUAUGA